AUGUACUCCAACAGCAGACACUGUAUGUGAAGCAAAACAAUCCUCUGCAGGUACUCUUUCAGGAGAAAACUGGAUUCAGCAAGACACCUGGAUGCUCCCAGACUACGAGAUGCAAAAGCCAGUGGCGCAGUAAGUGUACAAUCGUCAGUUCGAUGUUAAACAUGCUGAUGCCCAAAAUGGACAAUGGAGGUCACCAGGAAAAGGGAACAAGACGAGACUGUGACAGGACAAUGCAGGAUGUGGUCACAGAAUCAAGCUGUCACAGAGCUUCAGCAAAUCCUGAGAACUGGCAUGGCCAAAGAAUAAGAGAUUCUGACUAUGAAUUUGCACCGACAGGAGACAUUCCAGUGGAUAUUAGGAGCCUGGCUACCAUCAGUGGAGGAGGGGGAGCAACUGAAAUGGCAGGCCUUGGAAAAAUAAACGGUAAUUGUAACCAAGAUCGGAAUGAGAGGAUAAGUUUGUUGCCGAGCUGCUCAACUACCUCAACAGAAUCCCAUGCUGAAAGUCUCCUGCAGAGUCCGGCUGGGGUGACCUCUGGCUCCCUGACCGAUCCUUUGAUGGGGAUAAUUCAACCUGAACAACAGAUGAAAAUUUUCAGAUCAAAUCACACUGGAGCUAAGGACAGUGAUAAGAGAGAUGCUGCCAAUCCAGAGAGUUCAUUGCUGAAUUCAUUCAGCACUCUGCAUCUGGAGCAGUCUCCUGAUAAAUACAAGGAAAGUCCUCACCCUUUUCAGCUGGCUGAAGAAUUGUCUAAAAGCAAAGGUAAUCUUCUUGUCGAUCUACAUUGUUGUGUUCUUGUGACUGGCAUUACAAAUGAACAAUUCCUCUUUGGUUUCUCCUUCGUCCUGAGGUUUUAAUCCUGGUUUUUGAAUCCUCUCAUGAUUCUCACCCCUGUCCUAUCCUGCUGAUCACUUCCAACCCCACUACUCUCUGAGCUAUCUGUGCACCUCCAAUUCUGGCCUCUUCAGUAUCCUAUGUUUCUACAGCUCCACCGUUGGUGGCUGUGCCUUCAGCUGACUCGGCCACAAGCUCUGGAAUUGCCGUCCUACACCACUCUAGCAUCAUUCUAUUCUUUUAAGAUGUUCUUCAAAAUCUACUUCUUUGAUCAAGCUAUUUGUCACCUGUCCUGAUAUCUCCUUUUGUGGCUGGUUGUCGAAACUCCUCUUAAAUUUUUCUGUGAAUCACCUUGAGAUAUUCACUGGGUGAAAGGCGCUACAUUGAUGCAAUAGCGUGCAUUUAUCAUUUGUUAGGCUGACGCCGAUGGUGAGCAGUAUGUUUUCUGGGCGGCUGGAGGUUGGCUAGAGGGAGAGCUCUGGGGAGAGUGAAGGUCCUGAGCCCCACAUGCAUCUCUCCAGUUUUUAGCUGUAGAUCUCAAUGAGGUUUCUGCAGUUGUAAGGACAAGGCGAGUCAGGGUAUCACCAGUUUCCUGCCAGAUAUGAAGGGGCUUAUUUACUCUGACAUACCACAGGGAUGGCCCCAGCAGAUUGCCACUGUUGGCUGUCCACCUGACAGGCAGACUACUAGAUAGUGAACACAUCGAGCCUGGGUUGCUGCCUAUCGUACAGGGGUUGGGAGGUACCUGGUUUGGAUCCACCCUGCUGUGUAUCCCUUUGCCCAGACUGAACAAUCUCUGAUCCAGCCCCUUCCCUAUGUGUUGCACCUUAGCUUUGAGAAUGGAGGUGGCAUGAUGAUAAUGUCAUUGGACUAGAAAUCCAGAGGCCUGGGCUUGUGAUGUGGGAGAAACAAAAACAGAAAUUGUUGGAGAAACUCUGCAGGUCUGGCAGCAUCUGUGGAGAGAAAACAUUGAACAUUUCAAGACCAGUUGCUGUUCUUCAGAACUAGUUCUGAACUUGUAAUUGUGUACGAGUUAACAUCAGCUACCUUUAACUCGGCUACUUAUUAAUUAAGUUACAGACAAUCAAAUACUGAAACAAUCAUUUAAACAUUAUGGCAUGUAGUGAUCAAAAUAAGACCCAAGAUGUCAGCAAGUUAAGCUUCACAACCCAACUUGGCUUUUACUCAGUUAAUGGUGGAAUUUAGCAAUGAUUCCAACCAACAGUGUUUGUCUCUGGCUGUAUCCAGGAUUCAAUCUUUAUGCAGUGUUGUUCUCCAGAGUUCUGCUAAUAAAGAAUCCCGGAAGUGAAUUCUCAUAGUAUUUUCUGACCUUCAAGUUAAUUGUGUGACAUUAUUGAUGACACGUCUGAAGUCCUCAAGUCUGUAGCUUAUUUUCUUAUCAGGAGUAGCUUCUCAGUUCCU